UGUCCUCCCUUUGUAUGUCUCUUUUGUCACUUCCCUUUUACGAACAUCGCUCUGUCAACUUCAGUCCUUCACUCUCAGAUAAUUCUCUUAUACCCUCUCUUCCCUUCUUCUCUCCUUUAUAUUCUCACUGCUUACUCUUUCCAUUCAUGCACUUGCUCUCUUUGUAGCUAAGCUUUUGUUUGCUUCCCCUUUUUUCUGCCACUAUGGAACCCCAACAACAACCAAAUGAAGAUAAUGGCGGCAGUGGCAAAGGAGGGUUUGUUUGUAGGCAAAGUAGUACACGGUGGACACCCACCACUGACCAGAUCAGAAUAUUGAAGGACCUUUACUACAACAAUGGAGUUAGGUCCCCCAGUGCGGAUCAGAUUCAGAGGAUCUCCACUCGGCUUAGACAGUACGGAAAAAUCGAAGGCAAGAAUGUGUUUUAUUGGUUUCAGAACCACAAGGCUCGUGAGAGGCAGAAGAAAAGGUUCAACACCACAACUGAUCAUCAUAUCCCCAUGCAAAGACCUAAUGCUGCAAAUGGUAAUAACAAGUAUCCCACCAUAACUCCAGGUUAUGCUUCUUCAUCUCCUUCUUCAAAUGGUGUGCUUACUGUUGGGCAGAUAGGGAACAAUGGGUAUGGAUCCAUGACUAUGGAGAAGAGUUAUAGGGAUUGCUCAAUAUCAGCAUACGGUAGCAGCAGUGGUGGUGCUACAUCUUAUGCUUUCUUUGACAAGAAAAGAUUCAUCGGAGAAGAAGAAGAUGAAGAAGAAGAAGAAGAAGAAGAAGAAGAAGAAGAAGAAGAAGGUUUUGCUCCACAUAUUGAAACCCUUCCUCUCUUUCCCAUGCACGGAGAAGACCACAUCAAUGCUUUUUGCAGCAAUCUUAAGCCCCAAUCAGAGAGCUGCUACUCGGCAAAUUGGUACCGGUCUGAUGACGGCGGCUACACCGGAGCUCGUGCUUCACUUGAGCUCAGCCUCAACUCCUACACCGGCAGACCACAGGACUAUAUCUGAAGAAAUCU